AGCAAUUCAAGAAAAUUAUUUUGUAAAUGUUGGGCUGGACUGCAAGAUUGACGGAUAACGACGGCCUUGAGCGCGAGCUCCAAAUCGUCCGAACACGACAUUCUCGAGCUACUAUCCUCUGCUAGUGUAAUACAUCGUUGUUUGCGUUUCCGAUCCCUGCUGCAUGUUUGCGGCAUUGAAACACGCCGCAAAAAAUACAACAGGAUUUCUUAGUCGGCACACGAGCACACGUGAAGCGACAACGAAGCAACAAGAGGCAACCUCACCGACCGAACAUCAACAACAACAACCCGAAAGAGGCAUCGACAUCCCCGGCAGCCCGGAUAACCAGACCGGCCCCACUGGAUGAAUGUCACUCAAGGGCGACCGCCUCAAGGAUGAGGGCUCUCGUUUGCAAGUCACGGCCGCCGGGGCCACGGCUGGCUUAGUCGCUCGCUUCGUCAUCGCCCCCCUCGACGUCGUCAAGAUCCGCCUGCAGCUCCAAACCCACUCCCUCUCGGACCCGCUCUCCCACCGCGACCUACAAGGCGGGCCCAUCUACAAGGGCACGCUCCCCACGCUCCGACACAUCCUCCGCUCCGAAGGGAUCACCGGCCUGUGGAAGGGCAACGUGCCCGCGGAGCUCCUGUACGUGUGCUACAGCGCGAUCCAGUUCACCACCUACCGGACGACCACCCUCCUGCUGCACUCGACGCUCGGCGAGGGCACGCUGCCCCAGUCGGCCGAGUCGUUCGUCGCGGGGGCCGUCGGCGGCGGGACGGCCACGGCCGCCACCUACCCGCUCGACCUGCUGCGCACGCGGUUCGCGGCGCAGGGCAACGACCGCGUGUACGCGAGCCUGUGGCGGGCCGUCUCGCAGAUCGGGCGCGAGGAGGGCGCGCGGGGCUUCUUCCGCGGCCUGGGCCCCGGCCUGGCCCAGAUCAUCCCCUACAUGGGCUUCUUCUUCGCCGCGUACGAGACGCUGCGGCCCCACUUGAGUGGUCUAGAGCUGCCCUUCAGCACGGGCGGCGCCGUCGCUGGCACCAUGGCGAGCGUGAUGGCCAAGUCGGGCACUUUUCCGCUGGAUUUGGUUCGCAAGAGGAUUCAGGUCCAGGGCCCGACCCGUGGGCGGUAUGUGCAUAAGAAUAUCCCGGAGUAUUAUGGUGGGACGGUUGGGGCGGUGAGGACGAUCUUGCAGAGGGAGGGGUUCAGGGGGUUGUAUCGCGGGUUGACGGUCAGUUUGCUGAAGGCGGCGCCGGCGAGCGCCGUGACUAUGUGGACUUAUGAGCGGGCGUUGAAAUUUUAUAGCGGGUUGGGGGAGAAGCGGGAGGAAGAGAGAUUGUAGGAUAAGCGGGAUGCGAUGUGAUAGAUACCCUAGACGAUAGACUGUACAUUUAUGUAAUGAUAUCAAGCAACAAUUCGAGG